AACUUGUUUACUAGGUUCAUAAACCUUCUGCUUGAACCAUUGCUUUGUGUGUUGCUCCUUAAAGGCUUAUUGAAAUAUUAAAAUCAAUAAAGUUUUAGAGACGUGUUUAUCACAGAUUGCCUUUUUAUUUUUCAAUAUUGCCAUGUCGCUUGGUUCAUUACGAUGGCUUUUUCUACGCCCAGUUUUCCAAGUUUGUACGUAAGAUGAAUGACUAGAAUCGUGGUCGAAUAUCAACGCGGGAACUGAUAGUCUAGCAGGAUCUGGUCUACCAUUGUGUUAAAAUGGCGCAUAGAAAGCCGAAACGUCCUAAGCUCGAUCCUUCCCUUCUUCAAGAUGAACAGCUUAUUCUCAUUUGUGAUUGGGGGAGUUGCAGACAGUUGUUCCAAAAUAUGGAGCUCUUCUUGAGUCAUGUGGCUGACCAUGCUGGUCAAGUGGUUGUUGUCACCACAGGUGAAGAAACAUCCCUGACGUGCAUUUGGGAAGAUUGUGGCUUUGAAACUUCUGACCAAAAAGAAAUAAUUCGGCAUAUAUACUACCAUGCAUACCAUACCAAGAUCAAGUGCCUUGGUGCAAACCUCAUUGAGAAACUCGCAUUGCAGGGAUGUCAACUAGAUCCUCAAACCCGAAAUUCUGUUCCAGAGCUAUCAGGCCCACUUAUUUGUUACUGGGAUGACUGCAAGCUUGAGUUCCUGAAUGUUCAACAGUUCUAUUGGCAUGUUCAUACACACUCCAUUACAAACGAUAAUGGUGAGAAAAAGGAGAAGAAGUGCCUUUGGGCAAACUGCAAGAGCACAUUUGCAAACAAGUUCAAGCUUAGAGAUCACCUGAGGAGUCAUUCACAAGAAAGGUCUUUAGCCUGCCCAACUUGUGGCAGUCUUUUUGCCUCUCGUACAAAGCUUCAUGAUCACUGUUUGAGGCAGCUUCCUUUAGAUGCAAAUGAGUUCCGCUGCUCCGAGUGUAGCAAACUGUUACCUACCGAACGUCUUUUACGAGAACACGUUCGUUAUCAUCGACUAGUCUAUACAUGUUCACACUGUCCGAUUGAUGAGGAGGGUCGAGGACGUAGCUUCCCCAACACACAUUCAUUAGGAACGCACAUUUCAUAUUGCCACAGUGAGUCAAGGCCGUUUCCCUGCCCUGAAACCGAUUGCAGCUACAGUGCUAAGUCGCAAACAGACUUGAGCAAGCAUCUUGAAGUUCACGCCAAUACUCUUUGGUACUGUUGUGAGGUCAGUGGUUGCGACUUUACUGCGCGUAACCCUGCGACGCUCCAAAAACACGUACGUAAAGUACAUCAGGGCAAUGUGGAACCUCUUUAUGAAUGCCAUGUUUGCCAAGUGCGUUUUCACGCAUCAAACUCAUUAAAAAGUCAUUUGGGAAACCUUCACAAGGUCUUUCCAUUAUCAGGCAAUGGUCGAUUUAAGUAUCAACAGGGACAGGACGGCAUUUUUCGUGCAGAAAAUGGCGGUGGACCUCUUCAACCCUUGAAUAGUUCCUAAUAAGUUAUAAAAAUCGUGUCCUUAUUUUCGCAAGGUGAUUCCAAUGUUUUUUUUUUUUAAUUUAAGUAUCAUUUUGCAUUCUUAUCCAGACAUUUAGUUACAUGUAUUGAUUCGAUUGUUUACUUUCUCGUAUGAACGAAGUGAUGAAAUACAAAAUAACAAAAUAU